AUGGAUCGAUUGACCAAGUCGGUACAUUUUAUUCCGGUGAAGACGGACUUCUCCAUGCAAAAGCUAGCUAAGCUCUACAUUUUUGAGAUAGUGAGGUUGUAUGGGUUUCCUGUUUUGAUCAUUUUCGAUAGGGAUCCUAAUUUUACGUCUCGAUUUUGGCAGAAACUUCAUAAGGCUUUGGGUUCUCGUCUUGACUUCGUACUGCUUUUUAUCCGCAAACAGAUGAUCAAGUUGAGUGAGCGACGUGUUCUGGGUCUGGAGUUGGUUUCAGAUACUGAGGAUAAGGUCCGCUUGAUUCAAGAUCGACUGAAAGUGACUUCUGAUAGACAAAAGUCCUAUGCUGAUUUGAAGAGGAAAAAUAUCAAGUAUUCUGUAGGGGACUUGGUUUUCCUUAAGGUCUCGCCAUGGAAGAAGCGAGUAAGGUCGAUCGCGUAUCAAUUGGAGCUUCCUUCAGAGUUGGAUCGUAUACAUGAUGUAUUCCAUGUCUCGAUGUGGAGAUGUUACCGUUCUAAUCCCACGCAUGUUGUGCCUGUGGAAGAGAUUGAGGUUAGGCCAGAUCUGACGUUUGAGGAGAAGCCGAUUCAAAUUUUAGAUUGCAAAACUAAGGUUCUACGAAGAAAAUCCAUCCCUUUAGUGAAGGUGUUGUGA